AUGCCCUCCGCCCUAAUUGUGACGUUCGCGCAAUCGACCGUCCUCAAUGCCAUCUCCAACCUCCUGGCGCAGCUAAUCAACCAGCGCAAAAACACCACCCCAUUCAAACUCAACACCCUCGCUCUGCUCCAAUUCAUCACCUAUGGCAUCCUAAUCGUGCCAAUCAAUUUCUACUGGCAACGCGCCCUAGAAGCGCGCUACCCAGGCUUCCCCUCCCGCGCCGAGAUAUCCAAUCUCCUCCGCUCCUGGCGCUCACUCUUCUCCCUCUCUGCACUCCGGGCAUUCUUCUUUUCUGCAAUUUCAUCCGAGGCCUCGCCGCGGCUUGGUGGUGAUGCGGCGCUGCCUCGGCAUCGCGAAAAGGAGGAGGAGAAGGAGAAGGAGGCGGAGGGUCGGUGGGUGCCUAGGGCGCAGCGGUCCGGAUUGCAUAGCUUUGUGAUGAAGUUUUUGUUUGAUCUGACUGUGGCGGGGGCGAUGAACAUUGUGCUUUUUGUGGUGUUGAUUAAUUUUUUGAAGGGAGAGAGUCUUGGGAAGGUGUGGGAGUUGGUUCUUGUGGUUUGUCUACCUCCCUCCUUUCUUUUUCCUGAUAGUCUCUAUAUCGUGUUUAUUUACUGUGAUGAGAUCUGUGGAGCAGUGCUUAUUGAUCUUUCUAGGAUUUCCGUCCCAUUAUGA